CUUAGUUGAGCAGAACCCCGGCCAGUUUAGUCAUUAGUCCCUCCCAGGCUAACCCCUAAAGUUCUCCUCCAGACUUAACCAGGCUCUACCUCCUUCUGUCGGCUCCGUCACUAUCCGCCGGCCGCCGGAGGUAUUUGAUUCAGAGAAAACGAACAGAGGCUGAAAUCAGUGGUGAAAAAAUGGAAGAGAAGAUUCAGAAGCAGAAUUGGAAGCAGGAGCACUGCUGUAUAUCACAUGAGUUCUUAAAUGCCGCAACUAAAUUCCCUAACAAAAUCGCAGUGAUACAUGCGUCAAGUGCGGCUCAAAUCAACGGUCCUCCUUCUAAUCCUCCGGCGUACGAAGGAGACCAGUGCUUCACUUUCUCUCAAGUCUUGGCCACCGUUGAUUCUCUCAGCUCUCGCCUCUGCUCUAUUCUCGACGGCGUUGAUGACCCCUGCUUGAUCAAACCCGAACACCAAUGUAAUGAUAUUUCUGGCGAGGCUGACAAGCAUGAUUUCCCUAUUCAUGUACCUGAGCAUUCUGGGCCGGUUACUUGGAAGUUAGAGAAAACUUUUGAGACUAGUAUGUCUACGCCUAAAAUAUUGGGAAUCUAUAUGCCGCCAUCAGUUGAAUACAUAAUUGCUGUUCUUUCUGUUCUGAGGUGUGGGGAAGCUUUCUUGCCACUAGAUCCUUUGUGGCCCAAAGAUAGAAUAUUAUCUAUUAUCUCUCGUUCAGGUGCUGAUCUUAUUAUCACAUGUGGCUCUUCUUUUGGUAAAAAUGGUUGUCAGACACUUGAUAAAUCACACUGGCUUAUGGAGAGUGCCUGUUGUUCUGUCUUAUGCUUUUCAUUGGAAGAAAAUGUUGAAGAGCCAAUGAAUGAGUCAAGCCUCGUUUGGCCUUGUAAGAAGGAAACACAAAGAAUCUUCUCCUAUCUGAUGUACACAUCAGGAUCAACUGGACAGCCUAAAGCUGUAUUCGGUACCGAGCAAGGUCUUUUAAACCGCUUUCUAUGGAUGCAAGAAUUGUAUCCGCUACAUGGUGCAGAAAAUUUACUUUUCAAGACAUCAAUAAGCUUUAUUGAUCACCUGCAAGAAUUUCUUAGUGCUGGUCUUACUGCUUGUACAUUAGUUAUUCCUCCUCUUUCUGAGCUGAGACAGAAUAUACUUUCUAUCAUUGAUUUUUUACAGGCUUACUCUAUCAGUAGGCUUAUCGCUGUUCCAUCGCUGAUCAGAGCAAUUCUUCCUGCUUUGCUAAGACAAAAUAAUGCGCGGAUUGCAAGUUCAUUAAAAAUGUUAAUUCUAAGCGGUGAAGUCCUACCUCUAUCUCUGUGGCAUAUGCUCCACAAUCUACUACCCGAGACCUCUAUUCUGAAUUUGUAUGGAAGUACAGAGGUAGCUGGAGAUUGUACAUAUUUUGAUUGCAAGAGGUUGCCGGAAAUCUUGGAGAUGGAAAGACUAACAAGUGUUCCAAUUGGCAUGCCUAUUUCUAACUGUAAUGUAGUACUUGUUGGUGAAGGUGAUGAACGUAAUGAGGGAGAAAUACAUGUUGGUGGUCUCUGCCUUUCUACUGGAUACUUGUAUAAGUCAACUAUCGGGUCUUCAGACUAUGUGAGGUUGCAUAAGAAGUCCACUUAUAACCAUUUGGCCAAUAAUUCUGGAGGUCAGAUAUACUUCAAAACUGGUGAUUUUGGCCGAAUGCUUCCAAGUGGCGACUUACUCUUUUUAGGGAGAAAGGAUCGUACCAUAAAACUUAAUGGGCAACGUAUAGCAUUAGAAGAAAUUGAGAAUACACUAAGGACAAAUUCAAAUGUAGCUGAUGCUGCUGUGGUAGCUUGUAAAAUUCAGAGGGGACCUACAUUCCUAGAGGCAUUUAUACUGUCAAAAGAGAGGGUCGAGUCAAGUGAAAUAUUUGUAUCUUCAGUCAGAAGUUGGAUGAACAGGAGGCUUCCGUUAGCAAUGAUUCCUAAUCUGUUUACUAUUCUGGAAUCUUUGCCUAUGUCUUCAAGUGGAAAAGUUGAUUAUAAGUUAUUGGCUGAUCUAACAUAUUCAAAGAUUCAUGUUCAAGAUGUGAGUGGUGGAUCUGAGACUGGUGAUAUCUUGCAAGUCAUCAAGAAGGCCUUUCAUGAUGCUUUAAAGGUUGAAGAGAUUUCCAAUGAUGAUGAUUUCUUUAAAAUUGGUGGUAAUUCGAUUCUUGCAGCGCAUGUGUCUCACAAGUUAGGGAUUAACAUGCGAUUGCUAUAUGAAUUUCCAACUCCAUCUGAACUGAGAGUUGCUCUUCUGGGGAAAAAUUUGCAUGAUGUGGAUUCCAGAACAAAUAAUGAUGGGAAAUUGAAUCUCGAAUCAGAUAAGACUACUAUGUUUGAGUCAGUGGAUUCUGCAACCCCGUUUCUCUCAAGUCAUAAGCCUGAAGGGCCAUUAAUGAGGACUUCUUAUGAAAAGAGUGACGGUCAUGCUGGAAGACGCAAGCGCUUGAAAGUGGAUUCUGAUAAUUACGUUGGUCUGAAGUGUAUUAGUCCAUGUGAUGGUUCUUUGUGGAAUCUAGCGCAGACUUCAAUUACGUGCUCAUUCAGUAGGUGUAACAAGGUUUUCUAUGGGGAAGAGUACAAUUUGAAUGAUAAAUUUUUCGGAACCUGGUCAAUGGAACUUCCGAGGAAUAGAACAGUUUCUAUGCAAGAAUUAUGGAAAGUUCACAUGGAGUCUUGUGUCGAUGCAUCACCACUUAUUGUCUUUAGAAAUUCAGAUGUCUAUUUAUUUAUUGGAUCCCACUCGCAUAAAUUCUUCUGUGUUAAUGCCAAAAGUGGUUCUGUCUGUUGGGAAAUCAAACUAGAAGGAAGAGUUGAGUGUUCAGCAGCAAUUGUUGGUGACUUUUGCCAGGUUGUUGUUGGAUGUUAUGAAGGGAAUAUUUAUUUUCUUGAUUUUUCAUCAGGUAGAAUCUGUUGGACUUUCCGAACCUAUGGUGAGGUGAAGUGCCGGCCAACUGUGGACGUACAUCGACAAUUGAUCUGGUGUGGAUCACAUGAUCAUAAUUUAUAUGCUCUUGACUAUAGAAACGAGCAUUGUGUAUAUAAGCUUCCAUGUAGUGGGAGUAUAUUUGGCUCUCCAGCAGUUGAUGAGGUACAUAACACAGUUUAUGUGGCAUCUACAAGUGGCCGUGUGACAGCUAUAUCAGUGAAGGAGAUUCCAUUUCAUACCUUGUGGCUGCAUGAGCUAGAAGUCCCAAUAUUUGGUUCCUUAUCCAUAAUUUCAGCAAAUGGAAGUGUUAUUUGUUGCUUGGUCGAUGGGCAUGUUAUUGCCUUUAGUUCUGGAGGAUCUAUUCUUUGGAAGUGUAGAACUGGUGGUCCAGUAUUUGCUGGAGCAUGCUUGUCAUAUGUGCUUCCCUCCCAGGUGCUGGUAUGCUCCAGAAAUGGAAGUGUCUAUUCGUUUGAAGCAGAAAAAGGUGAUUUACUUUGGGAGUACAAUGUUGGAGAUCCAAUUACUUCAUCUGCUUUUGUUGAUGAGAACUUACCGUUGAUAUCCAAUCCCAGCCUGUCAGCUGACAGGUUGGUUUGUGUAUGCACCAGUUCUGGAACCAUAUACUUGCUUCGUAUCAACUUGGAUUUAAUGGGAAAGGCAAAUGACCACAAAGAUGACGUAGUGCAAGAAAUUUCAAGGUUAGAACUCCCAGGAGAAAUAUUCUCUUCACCUGUGAUGAUUGGUGGUCGAAUUUUUGUGGGUUGUAGGGAUGAUUAUGUGCGCUGCAUUGCUAUGGGGACCCAAAAAUUAGGCUAAGAACGUAAUUGGCACACUUGAUGUACUUGAUGGAUCUCUUCUGGGCUGAAGCCAGGAGCAAAGGAGGUAGACAAUUUGAACUUUUGAUUAACUUUUGGGCAGUGCUUGCUGAACUGAUAGCCCCAGCUGAGAGAUCCAAGCAAAGGAUGUCAAUGUUAAAGUGCAUUGAUGCCUAUAAAUACACGGCCGUUUUCCGAUUUGGUGGAAACUGUUUGCUUCGGUGGGAGAUUAGCAAAGAGCAGAUCUCAUUCCUAGAUGGGUGGUAACCAUGCAUUUGAAGGGUUACUAUGUGAAGAAUUUAGAAAUUGGGAAUAAAUCCAAAGGUAUCAAAAGGGGUAGUUUUUAGUGGAUUAUCCUUUCUCUAGGAAGGGAAGGAUUGCUAUCUGAUAUUUACCUACAGCAGUUAGAAAGGAAGUUUAAGUUCUUUCUUUUAGUUCAUCUGUAUAGUACUUUUUAACUUUUUGUAAUUACUUUUUUAUCUAAUUAAUUUACGUUUUUGAGCUUCUUACAAAUAA